GAGACGGAGACGUAGACUAAGAUGGCGAUGCCCAGUUGAAAGUCAUGUUUGUUAGUGAAGCGUGUCUAUUUAUUUCAAGUGUGUAAAAUAAUCAGUUAAAAGAACACUUUUAAUGAACCGUUAAGUUCACAAUGGACUUGUGUGUCAGGAAUGUAUAGUGCUAGAUUCUGGUGCACACAACGAGGCAGUGUGAUCUUAAUUACAGUGCUGUCUCAUCAUUGAUCAUUUGCUAAAGAUUAAUCCUAAAUUAUAGAAACAUUUUUUUUGUUGUUGUUAUUAGCUGCAGUAAGUGUACUAUAUUCAAACGAGGUAGCUAACAUAGCGAUGCAAUAAUUUGAUAAGGUAUACAGACAGUGUUUUUUGUUCGACUCCAAAAUUCGUGUAAUCUUACUGUUUAACAGAAGUAAUCUCCGAAUUGUUAAAUACACAUUUCUUUACAUAAUGGAGCAAGAUCAACAGCAGAUACGAAAUUUGCGUGAUUUUCUCCUGGUCUACAACAAGAUGACAGAUAUCUGCUUCAGCCGCUGUGCGAGUAACCUGAAUUAUAGGACGCUCACCAUGGAUGAGGAGAGCUGCCUGGAUAGCUGUGCCGGGAAGCUCAUUCGUUCCAAUCAUCGUCUGAUGGGAGCCUACGUGAAGCUAAUGCCGACCAUCGUGCAACGUAGACUGGCUGAGUAUGAGAAAAAGGCUGGAGAAUUACCACAGGCUGCAGAGGGUACCUCUCUGCCCGACUCGAAUGCCCCACUGCCCACCCAGCAGAGUAACCUCCAACCUGCAGACACAAACCAACAGGCUCCUAUCACACCGCCAUCAGAAGAUAUUCAAGUGACUGCAUCCCCUAGGAGCUAGCAAACAAGCAUGACUGUUGGCAUAGGUUCUGCAGAUUAUGCACAGUCCUGCCGAAGUGACUGUGUAUUCUGGAAUGCAUGGUUAGAAAGACAAUGUCUUUAAUACCUCUUUUGCUAUAGUGGUGGGCAAUGAUAUGAAAAUAUUAUUUGGAUAUCAUGCAUGUAUUUUGAUAUUGAAAGUCUUCCAUAACACAGAUAUAGUCACGCAAUUGAGAUAUAUAUAUAUUCAUUAACAUAACAGAUAUUAACUUCGUGGUGGUUUGCGUCAUAAUAUCCAUGGAGAAAAACAAGGUCUUGUUAUCUUUUAUGAUUCCUUCAUUAUGAUAUUGCGGUAUGGAAAUUAUUAUUGCUAUCGAACAAUAUCAAUAUCGAUGUCAUAUCAAAAUAUCGCUACUGGUGGGAGUUGCAUCCAUGGCGCAAUAGUAUAAUCCUAGCUCUGACUUUAUCUUGGUAACAGCAAAAAACACGGGUUUAUGGAGGGAUACUAAAUGGAAUAAAAAGGUCAGUAUUACCUGAUUAAAGAGCAAGUAGCAGGGUUCUGAAAAAAUAUAGCAUGACACGUCCCCACGUGUUGCUACAACUGUUCAAAUAACGUACCUGUCAUUGGAAAUAAAAUUGUUAAUGAGGUAAUCAAUACAUUGCAGGCUUAUUCAUUUAAAUAAAAUUGUUGAACCAUCUCA